GGGGGUCUCCAUGCUGGGAGCGGCGUGCAGAGACCCUGGGCCGCAGGGAUGCACAGGCCAGCAGCCCUGGCAGCGAGCAGCAGGCGGAAGCCUCCAAGAUAUUGUAAAUCACCAUGCGGGGGGAGGUAGGAGAGGGCAGGCAGCAAGUUUUGAUGGAGCCUGGCUCCCAGCGGGUAAUAUUCCUGGUGCCGGGACACCACGGGCUCAUGGAACCCACUGCCUCUGCUUGCGAGUUGGGCACCCGGCCCGACAGGGGCCUUGGUUUUGGAGUGGUUUGUGCCGCCACUGGCAUGAUGGGGCCCUGAUCUUGGUCCAGGUCUGGUCGGUGCCUGGCACAAAGGGGGCUGAUCUCAGGCCGGAUUCAUACGCACGGUUAUAUUAGACAUGAAAUCAUGACUACAGCCAUGAAAGGAUUUUGGGGUUUUUUUUCACACUGGCCCUGCCUCAUUCCGUGCCUGGGCCAGAUGUGUGAGGAGCAGAGUUAAGGUGACACAGGUCACAACAAAUGUGUGUUUUCCUUACUGCCACGGGCUUGACGUUGCCAGCAUAAGCUAUGUGCUGUCAACACAGGAUUUUCCAGCGGGAGCAUUAACUUGGGGCUGAAAUGUUUCUCCCGCUCUGCCGCAGACCGAGCACCAUGGCUCUCGCAAGAUUCCAAGCCACAGUCUCGCGAGGGAGCCUGACAGAUGCGAUUUCCGACGUGCAGCAGAGAACGCCGGAGUCGUUCAACAGCCACACGCUCCACAUCGCCAUCACGGGGGAGCCAGGCUCCGGGAAGUCCUCCCUCAUCAACGCCUUGCGGGGGCUGCGUGCUGGUGAUGAAGGUGCUGCUGAAACUGGGAUGCUAGAGACCGUGACGGAGACAAUGGCUUAUCGAGACCCUGUCCUGCCAGGCGUCACCCUCUGGGACCUGCCAGGGGCGGGCACAUCCCAUUUCCCUCUGAACACCUACUGUGAGCAGCUCAGUUUGGGACGAUUCGAUUUCUUCCUCCUCGUCGGCUCCCAGCGUUUCCGCGCCGCACACGCCCAGCUGGCCCGCGAGAUCCAGGGCAUGGGUAAGAGGUUCUACUUUGUGCGCUCCAAAGCCGACAUGGACCUGGAGGCUUCCCGGCGGCAGCGUCCCUCCAGCUACAGCGAGGAGCGGAUCCUGCAGGAGAUCCGGGAGGACUGCCGGAGGGGCCUGGCCGCUGAAGGAGUGGGCCACCCGCAGGUUUUUGUCGUGUCCUCCUGGGAACCCGACAGCUUCGACUUUCCCCUCCUGCGGCAGACGCUGCAGAAGGACCUGCCGGGCCUGAAGAGACUCGCCUUCCUGCUCAGCCUGCCGGCCGUCGCCUCCCCCAUCAUCAUCCGGAACAAAGCCGCCCUGGAGGGGGAAAUUUGGAAACCAGCCCUUCUCUCCUGUCUCCUCGCUGCCAUUCCUCUCCCAGGCCUCGCUUUCUUGGGCACCUUCUUCAUCUUCUGGAAGCACCUGCUCCGCUACUACAGCCGCUUCGGGGUGGACAACAGGUCCCUCUCCGCACUCGCCCGGCAGGUUGGGAAACCGGUGGAGGAGCUGAGGGCUGUGAUGUCCACCUUGGGACCGACCCCCAUGAUGGCCCUGAGACUGCUGGUGGAUACGGUGGGAUUCACAGUGAUGGUACAAGAGUGUUCGUGGAAGCGUCUCCCCAUCUUCGGGGCCAUGGUGUCCGGGGGGGCGGCGCUGCUCGCCACUUACUUCAUGCUGUGGAAGGGCUUGGCCUCUGUGGCUGACGAUACCCGGCGGGUGCUGAGCAAAGCCCUGGAGGCAGAAGGGAAAAAAAGCAUCUAGGAUUUGAGUGUCACAUGGGAGGGGCCUGCCGCCGCCUAGGGGACACAGCCUUGGACUCCACACAGGGAAAAUUCGUGUUUCUCCAUGCAGGGGUCCCACGUUCCAGCCCCAUAAGCCGUCCAGGGGGAUCGUUGCCAACCUGCCAAAGCGCCCUAAGGAAGGAGACCUGGUGGUGACGACUCAGCGCUUCUGCGGUUCCACCCCACAAAGCAGCUUUCCCUUUGACAUUCAUACAAGAGAAAUAAAAUUGUAUUGAACCCGCUUCUGUCUACCUGGGUCCCUCUGGGCUCCUCCAGCGCUUCAGUGUCUGAGCAUGUUGUAGCCAGACAGGAACCCCCCCUUGUAACAUCCAUUUUUGCUUGCCUGGAGCAUCCAGGGCACACAGAGCAGAAGGCCCAGGCUGUGUGACCGUGAAUGGCUGUAAACAGAGAUACGCCAA